AUGCACGGCGUAACACUCGCCCCGAAGAUUUCGGGUAAACACAACCCCGACAGCCAGAAUGAGGCUCAUAUCGAGAACCUCACGGGCGCUCUUCCAGGUUUGAAAGAGCAGGAUGCUGUCGCCGUAGCUCAGGCUGGAGGCUGGGAGAUUGACGCUCUCAUCGACAGCAUGGAGCGUGAGCUUGAGGCUGCUGGUGGAAUGAAGAAGGGCAUCUUUGACCUCGAGUUCACGAACACAAAAUACUUCACAUGGCUCAUCGUUGCCUUCGCCUCUAUGGGUGGUCUUCUGUCCGGCCUUGACCAGUCCCUGAUUUCCGGUGCCAACCUUUUCCUGCCUGGUGAUCUCGGCCUCACCACGAGACAAAACAGCUUGGUCAACUCUGCUAUGCCCCUCGGUGCCGUCGGUGGUGCCAUCAUCCUCAGUCCCUGCAACGAGUACUUUGGAAGAAAAAUGUCCAUCAUUAUCUCUUGUGUUCUCUACACAAUUGGUGGUGCCCUCUGCGCUGGUGCUAUGAACUUUGGUAUGAUUGUCUCUGCUCGUGUCAUUCUUGGCAUGGGAGUCGGUCUCGAGGGUGGUACAGUUCCCGUAUAUGUCGCAGAAACGGCCGAGCGCCGAAUUCGUGGUAACGUCGUGUCGCUUUACCAGCUGAACAUUGCGUUAGGCGAAGUUCUUGGCUACGCCGUUGCGGCCAUCUUCCUCCAUGUCCCUGGCAACUGGCGCUGGAUCCUGGGCUCUUCUCUUCUCUUCUCCACAAUCAUGUUCAUCGGCAUGCUCUUCCUGCCCGAGUCGCCCAGAUAUCUGAUGCACAAGGGCAAGACGCUCGAAGCUUACAAGGUCUGGAAGCGUAUUCGCGGCACCACGACGCCCGAGGCGAAAGAGGAGUUCUUCGUCAUGAAGGUAUCUGUUGUGGACGAGAAGCAGGUUGUUGCUGAGGGAGCUAAGAACAAGCGCUUCCCCUGGAUGGACUUCUUCACCGUCCCAAGAGCCCGCCGUGCCCUCAUCUACGCCAACAUUAUGAUUCUCCUCGGUCAACUCACAGGUGUCAACGCCAUCAUGUAUUACAUGAGUAUCCUGAUGCAGCAGAUUGGCUUCAACGACGAGAAGGCCACUUACAUGUCCCUCGUCGGUGGCGGUUCCCUGCUUAUUGGCACUAUUCCUGCAUGCUUCUACAUGGAAAAGUUCGGUCGCCGCUUCUGGGCCAACACCAUGCUUCCCGGCUUCUUUGUCGGCCUCAUCAUCAUCGGCGCCAGUUACCAGAUUCCCACUACGACUAACACUACCGGUGCCGUCGCCUGCUACCUCGUCGGUCUUGCUCUUUACAUGGGCUUCUUCGGCUGCUACGCCUGUCUCACUUGGGUUGUCCCCUCCGAAGUCUAUCCCACAUACCUCCGUUCUUAUGGCAUGACCACCUCUUCUGGUCUGCUAUUCCUUUCUUCCUUCAUCGUCACCUACAACUUCUCUGCUAUGCAGGAAGCUAUGACCCGCACCGGUCUUACGCUGGGCUUCUACGGUGGCAUCGCCGUUCUGGGUUGGUUUUACCAAUUACUCUUUAUGCCCGAAACUAAGAACCUUUCUCUUGAAGAAAUCGAUUUGCUCUUCGAGAAGCCCACCCGGGAAAUUGUUGCGGAGAAUAUGAAGAAUACUGUUCAGAGUUUCGGCAACUUCUUUAUGGGUCGCUGGGGAAGCAACGCCCCUGGCCCAGAACUCGAGAUUGAUGAGAAGAAUGAUAAGGAUAUCAAGGUUUAA